UUUUUGGUCAGUGUGUAAAGUGCAGUCCUCUGGGCUCCAUUCAGUUAAUGAGAGAAAUGAAAUGGAGUUGAAUAAAGAUCAACGCCACCAAUUGAAUGGGCCUAAUGACCAUCAUCAUCAGCAUCAUCAUCAUCAUCAGCAGCAGCAGCGAGCAUCAGCAGCACCAGCAGCAGAGGUGAGGCUCUCAUCAGCACCAGUGUGAGCGACCAAUCAGAGCGCUCCUCCUCCUCUGGCGGACCUCAGUGAGGACAGUCGCAGUUAGAGGCGGUGUAACCUAUGUGGCUUGGAAAUGAUGCAGGGAAGCAGCUUCGCUCUGUUGUAGACGGAGAAAAGUUGAACUACGGGAUUUUUGCUGAGCCUCCCACUCUUGGAUUUCUGCCUCCUCUUUGUAGUGGCACAGUAACUUAGUGCUGCUUUGUUUCCGUUGAAUUGUCACAUGUUUCAGACGAUUUCAGAACACCUUGAUGGACGCUGACCCAUGGUCUUGUUCGUGUUUUUCUUUUCUUUCUCACCCCCCUCCUUUGCCAUGAUCAUGGAUUAUCAAUAACCGGAUGGAGACACGUGAAGAUGAGCUGAUGUCCCAUGAUUAAAGAAGACAACUCUCGUUAAAAACAGGUGUCAGAUGCAGCAACAGUUCUGGAUUUUUCUGAUCAGCUGCUGCUACAAUAACAGGCUGCCGUCUGACAAAUAAGGCUGACAUUACAGUGCGCAGGCUCUCUCUCUCUCUGCCGGCGCUCUUCUCCAGCAUCAGACCCCAGAGCAGCGCGCGUGCAGCGGACACUCGACCAACACAUUCCUCUAAACCUGAAGACGAUUCUGGAAACCAAGCAGAACAUUUAGAGUUGACAAGAAGAGGAAGAAACCCAUCUCCUCCUGGAGAGCUCCACUGGAACAUUAGCUGCUUUGUGUCUCUCAUUUUCCCUGUGCUGAACUCUCCUCAGAAGGUUAGAGGAGCAUGUAACACAACCAAGCAAAGGUCUCGGUGAUUUCAGCAUUCUGUCUCCCCCAUCUGUGCCUACAUUCUUUGCUACAGAUAGGAACGUUUUGAUAAUUACAUGUAAUUAUAAUUUCUGUGGGAGACAGAUCUGCCUCUGUCUAUUAUUGCCAACACCUCCAACACAAUAACUUCACACAUUUACAUAUUUCUCAACAAAAGUGAUAUUCUUUGAACCUUUGAGACAAAUCAAGAAGAAUAUUCCGUGUCACACGGAGAAGCGCUCUGCCAUUCCGUUCAUGUCUGAUGAGCUGUUCUGAAUUCAGAGCAUUUAACAUCCAACAAUAUUUGCCUCAUUUUGCAGUGUGCUUCACAGGCUGCAAAGUGUUUCCUUGGUUUUAUGCUUACUCCUGAUUUUCAGUUGUUACAUUCUUCUAGCACUUAAGCUGGGCCUGCCUCAUUAUCACCCCCCCCAAUCACAGUGACAGUACGUGCCAGGCGAGUACUGGUGCACAUUAAUCUAACCAUUAGAAAAGAUGGAGAUUAAGCUUGUACUGUAGCUAUAGAUGUGACGAGUGUCCAGAACAAGUGCACGGAGAGAUAAAUCCCCGCUCCAGAGAUACUAGACGCCAUUAAUGGACAUUUUCCAUGGUGUGUGUGUGGUCUCUUUUUUAAAUUUGAUUAUUUAAAAUGCCAAAAAGCACCAAAUAUUGGGAAAGAGUGAUAGAUUUCCUACAGUUUUCCAGAAAGGGCGAUAUCUCACAACUUAAAUAAGUGCCAAUUCUAAAUGUAUGCAGUGCCAAACUGGAAAAGCCAUCCAGGAACAACUGUUUACAUUUGACAAAGCGCUGGACAUAGACUAUUGUUAAAGUGCUGUGUUCGGCACAAGAAUGUACGAGAUUGCCAUAUUUUAUUCAGAAAAAACUUGCCACUCAUUUCUACUGGGUUUUGUGCUUGUACAAAACAUAACAUUUCCAUUCAGCAGUGGAGCAAAUACACAUUCUUUUAUUUAGUGGUAUUUGUACAACAAAAAUUAAACAGUAAAAGCAUGAAUAUUUUUUCAGUCCGUCCCUUUUACAAGGCCGUGGUUUUCUAGCUCUGUGAGGUCAUUGCACAGUUCCCUAUCAGCAGUAAAUUAAAACUGUUCUGAUUCCAUUAUCUGUCAUUCAUGAAGACACAGACUUGUUUUGAUAGAUUGAUAUUGUUCCUGGCCUUCUCCAUGACUUCAUUAUAUAAAUACUGAAAAAGAGCUGGUUUCAGAUUUCAUCAUCUAACAUAACUGAAUGAAAGCACUGACACGUCAACAACAUUCGGGCACGCUGUCCUUGCUUCUUGAAUACUUCACAUGCCGUCUUAGUUGGUUCAACUGCAAAAGCGGAUACAGCAUUGUAAAUGCAUUGACUCAACACCAGAAAAUAGAUGUCUUAGUCAUGUAAAAAUGACGCCCACCGCCAAUCUCCGAGUCCUUGCUGUCUCCCUGCUCUCCCUCCUCACUGCCCCUCUCACCACUGUCGUGGAGACCUCUCCUUCCUCCCGCCCUCAGCACAUCCAGCCAACAGAGAAGCCAGUCACAGAGGAGCCCAAGACCAACCCCAGCCCCUCGCUCGUGCUCCUCGCCAUCCAAGCCAACAUCAGGCCAGCAGCUCUCCAAAGCAGAACAAAAAUUCCUGAGAAACUUCCAGAGAUCUCAGAGGGAGUUCUGGAGACACCUCCAAGGCCGCUGCCCCAGGUCAUGUUCCCCAAGAAUGUGACUUUAGCGGAGGCCCUGGCUACUCCCUUAGGCACGUUGAUAGAUGUAUGGACGGAUGUAUGCAGAGGGUAUUAUGAUGUAAUGGGACAUUUUGACAGCGCCUUCAACUGCUCAAAGGAAACCUUCAUCUAUUGCUGUGGAACCUGUCACUACCGGUUCUGCUGCCCAGAGCGUACCCGCAAACUGGAACAGGAGCGCUGCAAAAACUACGACUCUCCAGACUGGGCCAAGCCACACACAGAUACCAUGUUUAUACCAGACGAUUCAGGUCCUGAUCCAGACUUUGAUCCACUGAAGCAACAGAGCCAUAACACUGGCUUCGUCAUCGGUGGCGUGGUCGUGUUCAUGGUGGCUGUUGCCGUGGGCAUCAAGGUGGUCUUCAACAAGGUGCAACAGGAAGCCAACCAAAGGGACCUGAAUAUGCCCAGAGCCCUGGUCGACAUGCUGCGGCACCAGUCAAGCCCGGUUCAGCAGGAUGAGAGGAACAACAGCGUAGCUCUGGCUGUUGGGGACGGGCAGGGGACACUGGGGAGAGCUCAGAAAAAUCUGUACGCCCCAGGACUGCCCAGCAAGGACAACAGAUGUGAGGUGGGCAAUUUGCAGCACAACUUCAUCCAGUCAUCAGGCUCCAGUCCCAAACACACCGCAACUAUCGAACGCACCCCGCGAAUGAACAAUGCUCAGCUGGCAGCGGGAGGCACCCUGCUCUCCAGUAAACACAACAACACCAAAUCCCAGCCUUCCUUCCACCACUCCCUGCACAACCUGGCUCAGCUGCCUCCCUCCUAUGAGAGCGCCACCAAGCCGGAGCUGAACAGAUACUCCUCACUCAAACGCCUCGAAAAAGGUCUCGAUGAAUACUCGUCCGGUUACUGCACUACUAAGCGCCGGCCUCACACAGCCCAGCCGGCCCUCCAGUCCUCUCAGUACCACCUCCACUGGGGCGGGGACUACACCCUCAGUGGAAGAGGAACCCUCCCCAGACACGCAGCACAUCCCUGGAUCCCACCACCACCUUCUGGCAUGCCUGCCUCACCUACGCCUAAUCCCUAUCCUUUGGAUCCCCCAGAACCACAGUACAACCCCAACUACGACACUCUCUCCAAGCCCCCAAGGAAAGUUAAGUCCACUGAUCAGCUGCUCAACAUGGGGGAUGUCCCGGGUAACACAGGGACUCUGUCCAGGCUGUCCAAGAACCAGCAACACCAGUACUACAAAGCCAUGGCUGCCUCCAACAAGAACUCCAACACACAGACCCUCACUCGCAAGGCCCAGGACAGGCAGGACAGACAGGACAGGCAGGACAGGCAGGACAGGCAGGACAGACAGGACAGACAGGACAGGCAGGACAGACAGGAGAGACAAGACAGGCAGGACAGGCAGGAUAGACAGGAACGGCUGCUCAUGUCACCAGACCAUCUGGAGGACCGGAUGGGGGUUAGUGGGAUGGGUGUCAUGGAUCCAUACGCCCACACAGGAGGGAUUGUCCCCACACUGCCUCGCCAGCAGAAGGCCCAGUCCCAGCAGAACGUCUGCGCCACGCCCUCCCUUGACCGGCAUCACAUGAUCAAGAUGAACUCUCACCCCACGUCUGGAAGAGAGCAGGAGAGGACCACGCCGAUGACAGGGCACAUGAGUGGGGGCAUGGGCUGGGCGGGGGAGAUGCCCGGGGCAGGGGUAGUCAUGGGAACAGGAACACUAGGGGGCCACAGCGCCAGGAGGAUGGCUUUCGCAGCAAAGAGGCAGAACACCAUUGAGCAGCUACAUUUCAUACCAGGAGGUGGGGGGUCAGGAGGAAGUGGAGGCAGUCAGGGUAUCAGGACGGGGAGUAAAAAUGAGGUGACAGUGUGAGGUGUGUGACUAGAGUAGAGUUUGUUAGUUAUGGGAGUAGCUCACCUUUCUGCAUUUAACUAUUAGAUCUACAACUACAUUAACUAAAACUAGAAGUAUCAAGUAUAGUAACAGUAUAACGUGUUUAGGCUCUUCAAAUUAGUGUUAUCUUGUAAUGAAUGAAAUAGCUUAAAUAUAUUGACUUAAUACAAAUCUAGGUAGGGAGUAUCUGUCCCAAUUAUGUGAUAGCCUACAUCAGCCAUAUUUUGUAAGAGAAUUUGCCAUAUUGCCAUAUACAGCGGUGCCAUUACUUGUAGAAAGACUGACUAGAAGAUUGAAACGAAACCAACAGAAGUGACGUUCAUAAUUUUGUUUUUCAUGUUUUUCAAAAAGUACUCAGGAGCCAUAUUAGAUAGGGAACCAGAUGAUAUCAAAAACGAGGCUGAUGAAGAGGAGGACCAUGUGGAGCACUGUAUCACAGACUUUCAUAACGAAAUGAGCGGAACUGCUCGUCUGUCGACCUGCUCGGCCCUCGCAGUAAAGAUUUAUUAGACUGAAACUCAUGGGUAAAGACGCCCGGAGGACCAGAUGAGCCUGAACGAACGUUGCGCCCGUGAGGGAUUCUGGAGAUCUUAGACUCUGCUAAACUGACCUCAUCCUGACACAAGGAGACAGAACUGCUUUUUGUUGCUUCCUAUGUAAAUGAGCAGACAAGGUGGGGACUGUUUCUGUCUGGGACUCAGCAGCCUGACACCAACGGCAGGACUCUGUGUCCGAUUUAAACUGCAGAUGUGCCCACAUUACAAAUUUGACGCCUGGGUUGCCUAGUUUUCCAUGUGACCUUAGAUUAAAUCCCAGAGGACCACACACUCUGAUCACUGUUACACUGCAGAAGUGUAAGAUGACAUUAGAUUAUGUCUUGGGUAAUUUUUCUACAGUGUUCCCUACUAUAGAUCAGGACCUAACUGUAAAAACAAUGGGCUAUGAAAUGAUUUAGAGCCAUCAAUAUUACAAUAUAUAUCUAUAUAUCUAUAUAUAGAUAUAUAUAUAUAAAACUGAUAUAAACACACAAGUCAAGAGAUAACAGAAGAGACGUGUGUGUUCACUUUACAAACACAAAGGCCACCUGCUGUAAUGCAGGUUGUGUAUGAAGAGCAAAGGUUUUUCUACAGAGCACAAAUGAAUUAGACCAUGACGCAGAGGUUGCACUUACACAACUGUCCUUCAAAGCCAUUUAU